CCGGGAGCGCAGGCCGGGCCAUGACGACCCUCACUCACCGGGCCCGGCGGGGGGACCCGGCCAGGGGCUCGGACAAGAGGCCGGAGGGGGACGAGGCCGGAGCUCCGGACAGAGACCCCGACGAGGACAAUCCCGAGGACUCCAAGGACAUCCGGCUCACCCUCAUGGAGGAGGUGCUGCUGCUGGGGCUCAAGGACAAGGAGGGCUACACGUCGUUCUGGAACGAUUGCAUCUCCUCGGGGCUCCGCGGGGGGAUCCUGAUCGAGCUGGCCCUGCGCGGCCGGAUCCGCCUGGAGCCGCUGGCCCUGCGCAGGAAGAGACUCCUGGACAGGAAGGUGCUGCUGCAAUCAGCUGCCCCCACGGGGGACGUGCUGCUGGACGAGACCCUGCGGCACAUCCAGGCCACGGAGCCCCCCGAGACCGUGCCCACCUGGAUCGAGCUGCUCACGGGCGAGACCUGGAACCCCUUCAAGCUGCAGUUCCAGCUGCGCAACGUGCGGGAGCGGCUGGCCAAGGCGCUGGUGGAGAAGGGCAUCCUGAGCACGGAGAAGCAGAACUUCCUGCUCUUCGACAUGACCACCCACCCCGUCACCAACGCCCCCGAGAAGCAGCGCCUGCUGCGCCGGCUGCAGGACAGCGUCCUGGAGCGCUGGCCCGGCCACCCCCGGCGCCUGGAGCGCCGCACGCUGGCCCUGCUGGUGCUGGCCCACUCCUCCGACGUCCUGGAGGGCGUUUUCGGCGCCCUGGGCGACGACAGGUACGAGCUGGCCAUGGCCAGGGCCAGGGACCUGCUGGACACGGACCCCGAGCUGGCGGCGGCCAAGGAAGCGGGGGGAGGCUCCGAGAUGAUCUGGGCGGUGCUGGCGGCCUUCAACAAGUCCUAG